AUGGCAGCGUCCUCUCUCCUUCUCCACCAUCCCACCUGCAAUUUCUACUUUGAUCCUUCCUACUACUAUAAAAGAUCGAAAAUCUCAACCCGGUUUCGGAGAUAUAGUUCGAUCAUGACCGGCUUAGUCAAACGAUUUGCUUGCAGAGACGGAGACGAACAAAUUGGGGCGGUCGAGCAAGAAUCGUUAACCAAAGGAAACGAAUUGGUCGCCGGCGGCGGUGGAAUCGAAGCCAUACUUAAUCAUCUGAGCAAAUGGCUAGUGUCUGGUCUGUUUGCUUCAAUCAUUCUUCUGCGACAUGACGGUGCAGCCUUGUGGGCUAUCAUUGGAUCAGUUUCGAAUUCGGCUCUCUCCAUAGUUCUCAAACGUUUACUCAACCAAGAGAGGCCUGAUGCAACCUCGCGUACUGAUCCCGGGAUGCCAUCUACUCACGCUCAGUCCAUUUCUUUCAUAUCUGUGUUUGCUGUUUUGUCCGUUAUGGAAUGGCUUGGAACGAGUAAAGUCUCUUUGUUCCUAAGCGGCUUUAUCCUCGCAUUGGGUUCAUACUUUAUACGACUAAGGGUGUCUCAGAAACUACACACAAGCAGUCAAGUGGUGGUGGGUGCAAUCGUGGGGUCUAUUUUCUGCAUCUCAUGGUACACUACGUGGAAUAUGCUUCUCCUUGAAGCCUUCGAGUCUUCUCUGUUACUCCAAAUAUCUUUGUUUCUCGUUGCAGCUUUAACUGCGCUAGCUUUUGCAGUGCACGUUGUACUUAAUUGGUUCAAAGACGAUAAAUGA